GCCACACAACGUUGCCAGCCCCUUCUCCUUUGUCAAAGGGAUUGCAAAUCAACAGAUUUGAGCAUCUUUGGAAAUCCGAACAGGAGGAAGGAGACAACCUCCCCUCACUCCCCCUCCCUUAUCAUCGUCCCCAUCCCUUCCCCUCCCUUUCUGUUCAACACCUCCAAUCCAAACAGUAUGUAAGAAAUCGAUUGGAAUCUCAUGGAGAAUAACAACAGCACCAGCACUAGCAAUGGGAAAUCAAGGUUUGAAGAUGGAGCCAAAACCACGAGUGAAGAGUAGGAAAGAGCUAUGUCUUAGCAACUGGAUUAAUCAACCUCCUCCUGGAUUGGAUUUUGAUUUCCAAAUUAUGGUGGCAACUGUCGAUGAGAUGCGAAGGGAUCGGAAUUUGGUCAGGGCUGAGGGGAAGGUUGGUUGCAAGAAUUUGGGUUCAGGACUUGUGAUUAUUGAUUGGUUUCAGUUUCAUUCGAUGGUUUGUUAGCCAUUCAUUCAUGUCCUGACAAUCUAGAGCUUGACUUGUGAUUUUUAUUUUGCAAAUGGUAUUCAUCUAGAAGUGAAAAAUUCGCCGAAGUUGAUUUAUCCUUUCCAAAGAAAAGACUCAGCUUUUC